AUGGUGGCCUCUCCAAUUCCUCGCGUUUUCUCGCUUCUGCCUCUUUUCUUGGCCCUGAGCUUAGCUCGCGGCUCGAGCGCCCACAUAUCCCAUUAUGUCACUUCGGGGGUCUCCUUCAAUCCUACUGUGGCUGCUUCCGAAGUCCCUCGGCAAACAUCAAAUGUGUACCAACUGGUACUCCAGCCUUUGGACACGGUGGUUGCCCCCUGGGGCGCCAACACGAGCAACAUUAACGGGAAAGAUGAACACAGCGGCGUCCGUCGACUCGCUAUUAACGACGAAAAAUCCUUCCCUAAAAGUCAUCACACAGACACUUCGAAGGUGAUUCAAUACUCUAGCUGUAAACUAAACCAAUCCGAUGAUCUCUACAGUUCCGCAUACCCCCUGAUAGCCAACGACGGAGAAACCCUCAACCUGGGUCCCAACUCGAUCCUUGACAAUGCUGGAUACACAGCGUCCCUGUCCUCCUGGCAAACUCUCACCGUUCCGUUUGGUUUCAAUCUUGGCCAAAGGGGGGAGUUCAAUGGCUCGUUAGUCCUUGGAGGCGGGGGUCCUGGCUAUGAUGCCAAUCGGGUGCAAUCACUGCCAUGGUAUAUCCUACCUGGCUCGGAGAAUGGCACCUUUCUGAAGAAUGGGACCGUGAAUUUCCCCAACAAGGUUACCAUCCAGAAAUAUAAAAACCACGGUGUUGCCGCGGGCAAUCCGCAAAAGUUCGACGCGAGGAUCAACUUCAACAGCGAUAACAUCAUCUUCCCCGAGGCCCAGGGGGCAGGUCUCUGCCAGUCAAACUUCUCCAUCAUUCUCAACGUGACGGCCGCCAGUACCGGCAGGUCUACUGAGCUUGGAAUUCCCGUUUCUGCCUUUCCUUCGGGUGAGAAGUCCCGAUGCACGACCGCAGACACAAACGACCUAGAGUUAGGGCUACCAUUUUUCAGCUUGACCUAUAUUCUGGUCUCGUCCCUGUCUAGCCCUCUCUACUUGACGUUACCAAACAAAUACAACCUCGAUCCGUCGCCAGCCAUCUUCAGUCCUCAUCAGACCUUGGUUGCUCCGCCAUCUCCGCCGGCCCUGCCUCCGGCUGCUGCUAGUACUGCAGCAGCUACUUCCCUCCGCGGAAGACCUGGUCUUUUUCAUAUUAUUUGCGCAUUUUUGAUGAUUUCUUUGCUAUAA